AUGCACUUCACGACUUCCCACUCGUUCCUCCUUGCCGUUCUUGCGUCUCAAGCCCUCGCUGCCCCUACACCGCGCGCCGAACCUGUUGUACGAGAUACCGCUGAUGUCGCAUCAGACUCCAUAAUCAACCCCGGCGCUGCCGCGUUCAAUGCUUCCCCAGACGACCCCACCACCAUUCAUCUCAACCGCCGUCAACUCACCUCUUCCUCCGCCGCGGAAUCGUUCUCGUUCGGAGGUAUAGUCAGCUCUACGGCUGCUGCUGCGUCUGCUAUGGGUACAGUGCUGGGAUCGUCGUCAGUUGUUGGUUCUGCGGCUGUUACUGCCAGUGGUAGUGCGAUUGGGGCAGCGAGUGCGACUGUCGCUGCAGCCUCUGGUUCCAUCACUGCCGUUCCCUCCGCUUCUUCAUCCGCCGUCGCAGCAGCUUCUACCACCACAUCCACAGGGACAGACGGUAUACCCACAGUCUACAUCUUCUCCACCGUCACCGUCAGCGCCGGUGCCACAAACGCCACCGCUACAGGAAGUGCUGUCGUAUCAGGAGCAUCUGGAGCGAGCUCGUCAGUCAUUGGGGCAUCCGGCGUGAACUCUGUGCUCAGCGCAUCUGGAGCGAGCUCUGCGAGUGCCGUUGUGGCUACGGGUGCUAGCGCCAGCUCCGCCAUCGCACUCUCCACCGGCCUCUCCUCCAUCCCUCUCUCCGCCGUCUCCACAUCCUCAGCCCAAGCUGCCGCCAGCUCCGCAUUCGGUGUCGCAGCCGCAGCGCCUACAUCCUCCGCAUCUUCGAAUUCAUCGUUCGCCACCGUCAUCAACCUCAAUUCGGGCGCUGCCUCUGCUACUGCGAGCUCGAGCGCGUCGUUCGAUUUCGAGAGUGUGUUUGGGGGUGCUGUGAGUUCUGGUGUCGCGGCUGCGCGUGCGAGUGCUGCUGCUGCUUCGGGCGCUGCGAGCGUUACUGGUGUUAGUGCGACGGCGGCCCCCUCGUCAGCCGCUUUCAGUUCAGUCGCUCCGUCUGCCAGUGCCAGUGCCAGUGCAUCUGCGUCUGUUCUCGCUUCCUCCGCCGCCGCCUUCCCAACCGUAUCUGCGUCAUCAAGCAUCGCAUUCGAUUCCGGCAUUCCCACCACCUCAUCCGCUGUCGCCGCCUCGGCCUCCGCCGUUGCAAGCUCAAGUUCAAGCUCGGUCGACAGAUUCUCCCUCUCCACCGCCGCAGCUGCGAGCGCUAGCGCUACGAUCACUUCUGCGCCUUCCUCUGCCACUGCGAGUAGUUUGGAUUUGUCCUCUUUGUUGACGCAGACUUUGUGA